AUGUCAGACAAAAGCGAUUUAAAAGCAGAACUUGAGCGCAAAAAGCAGCGUUUGGCUCAGAUAAGAGAAGAAAAGAAACGGAAGGAGGAAGAAAGGAAGAAGAAAGAGGCUGAUCUACAGCAAAAGAAGGAGCCAGCUCAGGAAGAUUCUGACCUAGACCGCAAAAGAAGAGAGACAGAAGCUUUGUUACAGAGCAUUGGUAUAUCCCCAGAACCACCUCUAGUGCAGUCGCUGCAUGUGUUAACAUGGGAUACCUGUUAUUUUCAUUAUUUAGUCCCAACCCCUAUGUCUCCCUCUUCGAAAUCAGUGAGCACACCCAGUGACGCAGGCAGCCAGGACUCAGGAGAUCUGGGACCCAUAGGAAGGACCUUGCAAUGGGACACAGACCCCUCAGUGCUGCAACUCCAGUCUGACUCUGAACUUGGACGCAGACUGCACAAACUAGGGGUGUCAAAGAUUACCCAGGUUGAUUUCUUACCUCGGGAGGUGGUAUCAUACUCUAAGGAGACACAGACACCUCUUGCCACGCAUCAAUCUGAAGAAGAUGAAGAUGAUGAAGAGAUGGUGGAGCCAAAAGCACAGGAUGACUUGGAGACAGAAAAUCAAGACCAGAAGCAGGAAGUGAAAGAAGCUCCUCCUAGGGAACUGACAGAAGAAGAAAAACAGCAAGUUCUCCAUUCAGAAGAAUUCCUGAUUUUUUUUGACCGGACAAUACGUGUAAUUGAGCGAGCUUUGGCUGAAGAUUCAGACAUCUUCUUCGACUACAGUGGCAGAGAUGUAGAAGAGAAAGAUGGAGAUGUUCAAGCAGGAGCCAACCUUUCCUUUAACCGUCAGUUUUAUGAUGAGCACUGGUCAAAGCAUCGUGUUGUCACCUGUAUGGAUUGGUCUCUUCAGUACCCCGAGUUGAUGGUUGCAUCCUAUAACAAUAAUGAAGAUGCUCCACAUGAGCCUGAUGGGGUAGCCUUGGUAUGGAACAUGAAGUUCAAGAAAACCACACCGGAAUAUGUUUUCCAUUGUCAGUCCUCUGUGAUGUCUGUCUGUUUUGCCCGCUUUCACCCAAACCUGGUCGUUGGUGGAACAUACUCUGGCCAAAUUGUCUUGUGGGAUAAUCGCAGUCACAGGCGCACUCCAGUUCAGAGAACUCCCUUAUCUGCUGCUGCUCACACGCAUCCCGUGUAUUGUGUGAAUGUAGUUGGAACACAGAAUGCGCACAAUCUCAUUACCGUCUCUACGGAUGGCAAAAUGUGCUCCUGGAGCCUGGACAUGCUCUCAACUCCACAGGAGAGCAUGGAGCUGGCGUACAAUAAGUCCAAACCAGUGGCGGUUACAGGAAUGGCUUUCCCAACCGGAGAUGUCAAUAACUUUGUCGUUGGCAGUGAAGAGGGAACAGUCUACACAGCCUGUCGUCAUGGAAGUAAAGCUGGCAUUGGUGAAAUUUUUGAAGGCCACCAAGGACCCGUCACAGGAAUCAAUUGUCACAUGGCAGUGGGUCCAAUUGACUUUUCCCAUCUCUUUGUCACAUCAUCAUUUGACUGGACAGUCAAGUUGUGGACCACAAAGCACAACAAGCCGCUCUACUCCUUUGAAGACAAUGCCGACUAUGUCUACGAUGUCAUGUGGUCGCCAGUGCAUCCCGCGCUCUUCGCCUGCGUGGACGGGAUGGGGCGCCUGGAUCUGUGGAACCUGAAUAACGACACCGAGGUUCCCACAGCCAGUGUCACCAUAGAAGGAGCUUCUGCCCUCAACCGUGUCCGCUGGGCCCAGGCUGGGAAGGAGGUAGCAGUUGGUGAUUCAGAAGGCCGCAUAUGGAUCUAUGAUGUUGGAGAGCUGGCUGUUCCGCACAACGAUGAAUGGACCCGCUUCGCUCGGACCCUGGUGGAAAUCCGCGCCAACCGAGCAGACAGCGAAGAGGAAGGGGCGGUGGAGCUGUCGGCCUAG